AUGGUUGAUGAAACGGGCGAUGGUGAUGAUGAUGUUAAAAGGCGCAGCAUCAUACAUCAUCCAAGUCACCCCGGCCAUGAGCUGAAGUUGCUGAGGAGAAGUUGUUCAUUCAAGUGUGACGCUUGCUGCACCACACGCAAAGGGAGUUCCUACACCUGCACCAAUGAUGCUUGUGAGUAUUGGAUCCAUGAGAAAUGUGCUUCCUUGCCACAAAGCUUCAAAAGGGAAGACCACCAUCACUCCCUCUCUUUAUCCUUUCGCGUCCCUUUUGAAUAUCUCAAUUUCAACUACAGAUGUGAUGUGUGCAACACAUAUUUGCUGCCCAACUAUUGGAUGUAUCAUUGUCAACUCUGCAGAUUUAUUGUCCACGUCAAGUGCAUUUUCAACAAGCAGCCUCGCAUCACUGAUGGCCGAGGAACUAGUUACACCGUUUGUGAUGAGACAAAGAGGAGGAGAAACAUUGAUAUCACCCAUCAUCAUCCUGCUGUUGAUGAGUUGAUGAAGGUGAAAUAUGAGUUCAUUCAUCACCAACAUCGACUCGCUUUAGUCUCAUCUGGUGAUCGAAAUCAAGAAGAAGAAGAAGAAGAAGAAGAAGAAGACGAGGAGAAUUAUGGAGUGAGAUGGGAAUUGAUAUGUGAUGGGUGCAUCACUCCUAUAUCAUCAUACUACUAUAUGAGUUGCAGUGAAUGCAAAUACAAUCUUCACUUGGCUUGCUUUCACUUGCCACCUCAACUCUCCUCACUUCCACUCCACCAACAUGAUGAUCACCAGCUUGUCCUCCAAUCUUUGGACAAACACCAACUUUGGAAGAGGGAAGAGUGCAGUGUGUGUGAGUAUGAUACGAAUGGGCUGUUUUACACUUGCACAACGUGCGGCUUCAGAGUCGAUAUCCAAUGUGCUUGUAUGCCGGAUAGCAUACAUCACGCAGCUCACCCGCAACAUCUCCUCAAGCAUGUGACCAAUUCGGAUCUAUACAGAGAUAUCAACCGAAGGCGCUUGUGGUGUGCUGCUGGUUGUGGCCAUGACACAGACGAUUAUGAUUGUUACAGGUGCUGCAGCAGCAGCCCGUGCGAUUUCAUUGUGCACGUCAGAUGCGCUUUGCUGCCUGUGUCGGUCAGCAGCUGUAGAUGGGACAAGCACCACCCACUGCUGCUGACGUACGACGCCACUCUCAACCGUCCUGUCGAUUUCUACUGCGAUCAAUGCGAAAAACAAAUGAAUCCCAGGAGUUGGAUGUAUCACUGCCGCCCCUGCGAUGUAUCCUUCCAUCCAAAAUGCUUUCCAACUACAUCCGGAAAGUAUAGAAACAGCAAGUUGGGGCAGGAAUAUGUGAUCACUGACGCAAUUCAUCCACACCCUCUCAUCUUUCAACUUCUCACAACAAAACGCCACUGCGACAUUUGUCGUUACAAUGAGAAUGAACACCAAGGAUUUUACUGUGCAUUAUGCAACUUCUUCAUUUGUCUCUACAGCUGCGGGUAUAACAUGAUCGAAAAUGGGGACAUGAAGGCUGUCGAUUGA